GAUUCUCCUCCUCCCAUUCCAACUCUUCCACUUUCGACAUCAUGCCACCAAAGAAGGCCGCUACCGAAGAAAAGAUCCUCUUGGGCCGUCCCUCCAACAACUUGAAGAUUGGUGUUGUUGGUCUGCCUAAUGUCGGAAAGUCGACCUUCUUCAAUGCCAUCACCAACUCGUCGGCACCUGCAGAGAACUUCCCUUUCUGCACAAUUGAUCCUGAGGAGUCCCGCGUUGCCGUUCCUGACGCACGCAUGGAAGUUUUGAUGGAAAAGUUCAAGUCGACGAACAAGAUCCCCGCCUGGUUGACGGUCAUUGAUAUUGCUGGAUUGGUGAAGGGUGCUUCGGCCGGAGAGGGUCUCGGUAACGCCUUCUUGUCCCAUGUCCGUGCCGUUGAUGCUAUCUUCCACGUCUGCCGUGCUUUUGAUGAGGUCGAUGUCAUCCAUGUUGAUGGAGAGGUCAACCCUAUCAAGGAUCUCGAGACCAUUCACCACGAGCUCCGUUUGAAGGACGAGGAAUUCCUCAAGAGUGCCAUGGCUGAUUUGAAGAAGACGAUGGGACGCCUGGGAUCUAACAACACUGCGCCCGAGCGUGCUCGUCAGGCAGAGAUGGCCAUUCUUGAGAAGCUGUUGCACCACAUUGUUGAGGACAAGAAGGAUGUCCGCUGCGGUGACUGGAACAACAAGGAGGUCGAGGUCAUCAACCCUCUCAUGUUGCUCACUGCCAAGCCCGUCAUCUACCUCGUCAACUUGAGCGAGACUGAUUACAUCCGCAAGAAGAAUAAGUGGCUCGCCAAGAUCCACGCCUGGGUCCAGGAGAACAAUCCCGGCGAUGUCUUGAUCCCAUUCUCCGGAUCCCUUGAGAGCAGGAUCUCUGAAAUGGACGAGGCUGCCCGUGAGGAGGAGUUGAAGAAGAUUGGCACUACGUCUGCAUUGCCCAAGAUUGUCGUUUCCGGUUACUCUGCCCUGAACCUCAUUUACUACUUCACUGCCGGUCCAAUGGAGUCGAGAUGCUGGACUGUCCGCAAGGGAACCAAGGCUCCUCAGGCAGCUGGUGUCAUUCACACUGAUUUUGAGCGCGGUUUCAUUAUGGCUGAAGUCAUGCGUUACGAGGAUCUCAAGGAGCUCGGAAGCGAAGCUGCUGUCAAGGCUGCUGGAAAGUACAUGCAGAAGGGUCGUGAUUACAUUGUCCAGGAUGGAGAUAUUAUCCAUUUCAAGUUCAACGUCACUGCCCAGCCCAAGAAGAAGUAAAAUAAACCCGGUUGCACAGCUACAGAAGUGGA